GCGCAGCGACCCUCCGCGGCCCGCCCACAAGAUGGCGUCGUCCGGGCGCUGCGUGCGGUGCCUGCCGCCGCCGUGGCCGCUGCCUCCUCUCCGCUCCGCAGCAGGCGGCCGCGGGGCAGCCUCGCCGUGAGCACUGCCCCGACCUGCCGCGGGGCUCCCCCGGGAGGGCAGAGCUGAGCGCGGGGCGUCUCGCAGGUGUUCAGCCGCUGAGCGUGGGAGGUGGCCUCGCCGCGGCGCCGGGAUGGAGCUGGGGCGGCUGGAGUACCUGCAGGCGCUCGUCACCGAGUUCCAGGUGACGGACAGCCCAGAGGCCAAGGAGCAGGUCCUGGCAAACCUGGCCAACUUUGCCUAUGAUCCCAAGAACUACGAGUACCUCCGGCAGCUCCAGGUCCUGGAUCUGUUCCUUGAUAUGCUCACGGAAGACAACGAGACCCUGGUGGAGUUUGCAGUGGGUGGCCUUUGUAACCUGUGCCUGGAUAAAACUAACAAAGACUACAUCUUGGAGGCCAACGGGGUGGAGCCCAUCAUCAACUGCCUGUCGAGCUCCAACGAGGAGACAGUGAUGUCGGCAGUCACCGCGCUGAUGUACCUGACAACGCCGCAGUCCCGCCAGCAGACCACAGCUCCGCCGGUGGUGGAGUGCAUGCUCCGCUUCUCCCUCUCAGCCAGCAGAAGGCUAAGCAACCUGGCAACCCUCUUCCUGGAGGAUUACUGCACGCCCCAGCAGGUGGAAGAGGCCAGGAAUCUAAGCAAGCACACAGCAGUGGGGAUUCCCCUCCCCAAGGACUGAAGCUGUUAGAGCAGCAUAGAGCUGUUGAGAGGGAGACCUCUCUCUUUUCCCAGGCCUCCACUUUCUGCUCAGCAAGUCAAAAAGUGUGUCAAGAACAACAUUAAAUAGGGAAAUUGGUCAUCCCAGCCCUGGGUUUUCAUUAAUAGAGGACAGUGGAGCACCACCGUGUCAGUCAGGCCAAGCAGACAGUUAAAAGUGGGAGCAAGUAUUUAAAAUAAAGUAGGUCAUGGCUGUUGGAGAGCAGGUUGCCAAGUGCAGCUCAGCACCCAGCUUGCACAAAUGGCCCUUUCCAGCAGUUAGGGGGUUUUCUGCUUGGGUUACUGGGCAGCUUAUAUCGCUCUCCACCCAGUUCCUGGCUGGUUCUGCUGCAGCUCUCUUCAGCAUCAACUCAAAUGACUUUGAAAUGUCACAUAAACUUUAUUCCUCCUGCAGAAGAAAGGAGGAGUUUCCCUGCCCUGGGAAUCUGCAAUCUUCCUCGCCCCUUUGGUACUAAAUAUGCCAUCCUAUCAUCAUGGCAUUGGCAUCCAGCUAGUAAAUGAAUAUAAAAGGCAGGCUGUAGCUAUCCUAUAAAGAAGGAAAUCGUUUUCCUUUCAUUACCACUGGUGAGAAAGGUGAAGAUUAAAAAAGAAAGGCUUACAGGAGCCUGGCUCCUGAGAACUGCAGUCUUGUGAAACUUUCUCUUAAUAAAACAUGAACUUUA